UGGCAGAAACUCCCAAAAGAUCAUUUCAUACUUUUCUGUCACACUAAAUCUGGUUAGCUAGUAGUUAAAAGUUGCCGCGUAGCAAAAACAAAAAAAAACCUCCAGUCUUUCGAAUCAGAUUACGUUGUAUUCUGCUAACGUUUUCUAGUUCUUUUUUUGGUCGUGUUCAUCACAGAUAAAAUUCCUCCUCUGUUUUUCCUCUGCUUCAAAAAAUUGGUUACCUCGAAAUGGCCCUGUUGGGAGAUUGGGGAUGGGGUUACAUUGAAAUCAUCAUGGCAGCUCUCUGCUUUUUCUAUCUUUGGGCGUUGAGGAACGAUAAUGGGCUGCCUUGGAAUUGGCCGUUCGUCGGAAUGUUGCCGAGCAUUGUCGAGCACGCGAAUCGGCUUCACGAGGGAUGCACCAAGAUCGCAGAGGUUGCCGGAGGGACUUACCUGUUUAAAGGUCCAUGGUUUCUUGAUAUGGAUAUGUUGCUGACUGUUGAUCCUGCGAAUAUUCAUCACAUCAUGAGCGGGAAUUUCCCGAAUUAUCCCAAAGGGCCAAAAUUCAAGGAAAUAUUUGAUGUUUUGGGAGAUGGGAUUUUCAAUUCGGAUUUGGAUUUGUGGAAAACCCAGAGGAAAACAACCAGGUUCUUGAUCAAUCAUCAGAGGUUUCAUAAGUUCUUGAUCAGGACAAGCCGUGAUAAAGUCGAGAAGGGCCUGAUUCCGGUUCUUGAUCAGUUCUGCAAAACAGGGGAAAUCCUGGAUUUGCAGGAUUUGUUUCAGAGGCUUACAUUUGAUACAACAUGUAAAUUGGUUACUGGAUUUGAUCCUGGAUGUGUAUCAGUCGAAUUCCCUGAUGUUCCGUUCGCCAGGGCGAUGGAUGACGCCGAAGAAGCCAUAGUUGUAAGGCAUAUCAUGCCCGAGGCCAUCUGGAAGUUGCUGAGGCUGAUAAAUGCUGGCGAAGAAAGGAAAUAUAGUCAAGCUUGGAAGACCUUAGACAGAGUUAUUGGCGAUUACAUCUCGAAAAAGCGCGAAGAACUGAAAAAGUCUGCGGAUUCAGGGAAUGAGGAUCAAGAUGGAGAUGAUCUGUUAACAUCGUUCAUCAAUGAGGGGAAGACUAUGGAAUUGCCUAAUGAUGAUAAGUUCUUAAGGGACACCAUUUUGAAUCUCAUGAUUGCAGGGAGGGAUACAACCAGCUCAGCUCUUACUUGGUUCUUUUACCUUCUUUCUGAAAAUCCAAAUGUUGAAAUGAAGAUCAGGGAGGAAUUAAGAUCAAUUACGCCUCCGGGGGAGGCGGAAAAAUGGCGGAUUUUUGACGUCCAAAGCCUCAACAAGCUGGUGUAUUUACAUGGUGCAAUUUGUGAAACAUUGAGGCUUUAUCCACCUGUUCCAUUCCAACAUAAGGAGCCAAUUCAGCCAGACAUCCUUCCGAGCGGCCAUCGGGUUCAUCCGAAAAUGAAGGUUCUGUUCUCUUUGUAUGCAAUGGGAAGAAUGACAUCAAUCUGGGGGAAAGAUUGCCUGGAAAUGAAGCCUGAGAGAUGGAUUUCGGAUCGCGGGACGAUUAAGCAUGAGCCAUCAUACAAGUUCUUGGCUUUCAAUGCAGGUCCAAGGACUUGCCUUGGUAAAGAAGUGGCUUUUACUCAGCUUAAGGCAGUCGCAGCAUCCAUAAUCCACAAUUACCAAAUUAAAGUGGUGGAAGGCCAAGUGAUUGAGCCUAAUGUUUCAGUAAUUUUGUACAUUAAGCAAGGCUUGAAGGUUAAUGUUAGCAAAAGGUGGGCUUAGGAUCUGAAAAUUAUGUGCCUCAUUUCAGCAUCCAAAGUCCACCGGUGAUUUGGUUGUUUUUUAUUUACUUGGUCAUUUGAGUGAUUGCAUAGUUUCUUCAGGGAAAACGAAUCUUAUUCCAUCCUGUAUUUUUUUUUUAGAACAUUGAUUUGGUAAAGUUCCCCCCUUUCUAUGUAUUUUCAGUUUGCAAAUCCAGCAUUGAUCUCGAAGAUUUCAAUGUUGUUAGGCUUUAUAAUCUCUAUAUAC